AUGAACCACUCCCCGCCAGCCAUAUCCUUCAUCGGGAUCGUCGAUUUUUCGCAGGAUGCAAAAUGGCUGUAUAUGACCGACUCGGUCACCGAACUCCUCGGUGCGCCCAUCGAUCAUGUCUCCUUGCAGCCCCCGCUCACAGUGAUGGCAGGUUACGAGCCAAGCGACCUCAUCGGGCAGCCCUCGCUCGACCUCGUGCACCCUGACGAGUUCCCGAGUAUCCGCCAGCUCCAUUACGACACCAUCCUGCAGGACAAGGCCGCCUGCCUCGUCUACCUGCGCAUGAAGCACAAGGAUCCCUUUCGCGGCUACAUACUAUGCGGUGUCGACUGUGGUGCACAACGUGCUCGUGGGCAGCGUCUCUUUUGCGAGCCGGGCGCCAAGGCACUGCACAACGCCUCCACGGCGCAGGAGAUCACCGUCAUCACUCCCUCUGCGGCAAACUUCCAGUUCCGGAGAUGGCAUGACCCCUCGCCAAUGCCGCCCAGCCCCAUCCCACAAGAGAUGGCCAACGUCAACCUCGCAGAGAUGCUCCAGCGCACCUCGCCCGCGCCGUCCUCCUCGUCCUCGUGGGGGUCCAAGAGCCCGCGUAGUCCGAGGAACUCGCAGAGCCCACCCGGAAGAAGCGCCCGCGCCGGCUCGCCGCACCCUGAGAGGUCGCCAACGCUUUCUGGGGCAGAAGAAAGGGACAAGGAGAGGGAGGGGGAGGGGAGGGAUAAUGGGAGACAGAGGGAUGGUGAGAGGAACGGAGGAAGAGAGGAGAGGGACGCGGAAGGCAGGCGGAGGCGUGGAGACCGGGGUGGGCGAAGCAGCAGGAGCCGCUCGCGAAGCCCAAGUCCAAGCCGCAGCCUCAGCAUCUCGCGCGAGCGCUCAAGCAAGCUUGCCCAUCGCGCGCGCAACGGCAGCGGUUCAAGUACGCAUGCGCACGUGCACGCGCACGCGUACGACCCGCGGCGGAACGGUCACUCUCACCCCUCCUCCCACCCGCACCCGUACCCCCCAAGCAUCGCCAACAUCCCCAUCAUCUCCUUCGAGCCCCCCGCCAACAAGUCCUUUCGCACCGCCUUCAUCCUCGACCGCUUCACCAUGAACUGCACCAUCAUGUACUGCUCCAACGACUUGUUGGUGUCCACCACCGAGGCCAUCGGAAGGAGCUUUUACGACUUUGUGAGUAGGAGAGACGAAGAGAUCGUGCAGAGCUGGAUUGGGUGUGUGAAGGGAUGGGGGGUGAACGAGAAGGGCCAGCCGAGCGAUGGUGGGUUUGGGUUUGGGAGGUUUAUGUUGUUGCCUGAGGGGCGGGAUUCGGGUGCUAGCCGCCGCAUCCCCGAACCGCCUACACCGUCGAGGCACCGCGACCGACACGGCACGCACUCGCACGGACAAGCGCACCACCCGCACCAGCGCCGACCUUCAAAUAACCCGCACGGGCACAGUCGGCCCACCCCACGCGCGCGUGCACAAACACAUACCUCUACCCCCUCUUCCUACGCCUCUUCCUCACCCUCCUCUUACAACCCUUCGCGUUCUCCCACCUCUCCACACUCUCCCACCUCUCCCUACGCCUCCACAUCCGGCGCCUACUCCUCAGGCGCCUACUCCAGUUCCACAAGCCAUUCGCACUCCUCUCACUCGCACGCUCACUCGCCUACGUCAACACGCUCGCCCUACGCCCACCCGCCCGCGUACAGCACCUCGCAGAUCACACAGGGCAUGCACACUAUGAACGUGCACGGGCUCGAAGAGGCGAACGCGGAGAAGUUCGAGGUCGACGCGAUCUUCUCGGCGCACUCGGAUGGGCUGAUGGUCAUAUUGCGGCGGGCGUCGUAG